AUGUCUGAUGGUAAUAUCAAUAAUUCUGAUCCUUCUAGAAAUCAAGAAGUUGUUCCACCUAGAACAACAUCACAAAAUGCUGCAAUUUUGUCCCCAACUAAGACAACAAAUUUCGGUGGAUCGACGGUAGCAGCCAUGGUGUCAUUGCCAGAAAAUGUACGGUCGCUGUUUAAUCCGGCAAGACCGUUGUUUCAAAUGGGACAACAGAUAGACGAAAGUAACCAUGAAAUGGUGAAUGCCCUUACACAACAAAUUGUGACUAUAUUUACUCCCAUGAUAAAUAAUACAAACCAGAGUUAUGAAAUAUUGGCUGGAUUAAUGGCUAGAAUAGAAGAUUUCUUUGGGGCACCCCCACAGCCAAAUCGACCUACUCCCCAAGUGUCGAAUCCAAGAGUUGUCGAAACACUAGGAAAUGGGUUUAGAGUUGAGGCUCAAAGACGAAUCCCAGAAAGGGACGAAGGGGGACAGAUUGAACAUUAUAUCCCUAGGGUAGUACAAAGGCAUCAAGAUGCUGAUCAAGUUCUUAGAAAUAUCCAACAGGAUGCUCAUAUUGGACAUAAAAAUAUUUCAAACGUAGUCGAACAAAUCCUGGUUCAAAAUGGGAUAAAUGCAGGAUUACAUAGGCCUAAUUUUGUUUCCCCAUUAUCGGAAUAUGUUAGGCAAACAGAAUUACCUAGGGGAUGGAAAAUUCCAAAAUUUACUAAGUUUGCUGGUGAGACUGGUGAAUCAACAGUCGAACAUGUUGCUAGGUAUCAAACAGAGGCCGAUGAAUUAGAAAAUAAUGAGAAUUUAAAAAUGAAAUACUUCCCAAGUUCCUUAACAAAAAAUGCUUUCACUUGGUUUACAACCCUGCCUCCACAAUCUCUAUUUUCGUGGAACCAAUUAGAAUGA